AUAUGAUUCAUUGGAAUUUUUCCAACUAUUUCGAUGGAAAGAAACCAGCGGCAUUAACCAAAGAAAUUUCCUAGGAACACAUAGGUUUUCCUACUCAUUCGUCCAUUCACCUCGUUACAAAAGUCCAAUGAGAAUUUCGGCCGAUUUCGGAUGUCCAUCAAGCCAAAACAACUUUAUUGACACGGGCAUAAAUAUCAAUUUACGCCCUCUUUUUUUCGUUGUUGUUGUGCCAGCCGAUGAUGGUUUUAUUUCUCGAGCACCAUCUGCUGUGUGCCAGUGUGCCUGAAGGGCACGUCCAAGUGGCGAAGUGGAUCUGGGCAUGUACAUAGGGCUGGGUAUGAGUAUGAGUCCCGGGGCUGGCCUGUCCAUCAUCAUCGAUUCCCGAGUUCCCGAGCUCCGAGUUCCCAGUUCCGAGGCCAGGGACAAAGGGACCAAGGGAGCAGGGAACUGAGAGUCGAGUUCUUGGGGCCAAUCAGUCAGCGAGGCACUCAGUGGAGCGUGAAUGGCAAUUGCCGAUAUCCACACAUUCAAUUAAUAAAAUCAACAGCAGGGCCGAUAGCUGCGGCUCCUUAUCGCAAUCCCCUGGACGCCAGGACGACAUGUCCAUGUCCACACAGACACAUGUCAUUAGCCAGGCUGCCACUUCUCUCAGUUCCAGCUCGAUUAUGGCCGGGAAAGGAGUGGAGAGCUGGUCGCGAUUGCUGCUCCUGUGGCUAUAUCGCAUUGCUCGCGGCUUGCUGGUGAUCUCCGCGAGCUUGGACCGGGAUAAGCUGCAGCUGAAGUCGCCCAAACGGGGUAGCAGAAAUCGUUGCCUGAAUAUCCUGUGGCGCUGCCUUGUGGUGCUCACCUACGUGGGCGUAUGGCCCAUGUUAACCUCAACCAUGGUGGGCAAACGCAUGGAGAGCUAUGCGGAUGUGUUUGCUCUGGCCCAGUCCAUGUCGUUGUUCAUAUUCGCAAUCAUAUCCUUUGUCAUCCAAACGAGAAGCGAGAACGAAUUCCGAGAGGUGUUAAAUAGAUACUUAUCCCUUUACCAAAGGAUAUGCCGCACUACGCGACUGCAGCACCUGUUUCCAACGAAAUUUGUGGUUUCCUUUCUGCUCAAGUUGUUCUUCACCCUGUGCGGUUGUUGCCACGAACUAAUACCUCUGUUUGAAAACACAUACUUCGAUGAUAUUGGUCAAAAGGUGGCCGUUGCCUUCAGCACCUACAUGUGGCUGGGAACGCUUUGUGUCCUGGACGCCUGCUUCCUGGGUUUCUUGGUAUCCGGAAUCCUGUACGAAUACAUGGCCACCAAUAUCAUUGCCAUGCUGAAGCGAAUGGAGCCCAUGGACUCGCAGGAUGAAGCAUAUCGUAUGUCCAAGUAUCGCAGGAUGCGACUUCUGUGCGAUUUUGCAGAUGAGCUGGACGAGUGUGCCGCUAUCUACAGUGAACUGUACCAGGUCACCAACUCCUUUCGUCGCAUUCUGCAAUGGCAGAUCCUUUUCUAUGUCUACCUUAACUUUAUCAAUAUUUGCCUAAUGCUGUAUCAAUAUAUUCUGCAUAUGCUGAACGACGACGAAGUGGCCCUGGUGUCCAUUGUCAUGGCUUUUGUUAAGUUGGCCAAUCUGGUAUUGCUCAUUAUGUGUGCAGAUUACACUGUGCGGCAGUCGGAAAUGCCAAAGAAGUUGCCUUUGGACAUCGUUUGCAGCGAUAUGGAUGAGCGAUGGGAUAAGAGUGUUGAAACCUUUCUGUGUCAGCUGCAAACACAACGACUGGAGAUCAAAGUAUUGGGCUUUUUCCAUCUCAACAAUGAGUUUAUCCUGCUCAUUCUGUCUGCCAUAAUCUCGUACCUGUUUAUCCUUCUUCAGUUUGGCAUUACAGGUGGCUUUGCGGCAUCCGAGGAGGUUAAAAAUCGUUUCGAUUAAGCAACUUACACUUCUGUUUAACUUUGUAUUCUCUGUGUUCUGUCUGCUUAGAAACAAUAGUUGUGUAAAGUGCGCUUUCUAAGUUUUCUCGACACCCGCGCUCUAUGGACUCUGUAUCUCACUUUAGUUUAACCCCAACCUCCAGCCACAGAAGUUCACCUGAACCGCCCCUGAGUUCAUUAUCGUUCAUUAUGUCCCCUGCCACAAGACAUUCUGAUACAAUUUUCGGAGUGCCUCCGAGAUGAGCUCGUUAAACGACCAACGAAAAAUUAAAGAAAUGGGAAUGGGAAUGGGAAUGAGCAACAAAAGAUUGAAAUUUCACGUCUGACACGGUGUAAUUAUCAUAACUUCAGCAACUCUCGUACUCCCGCUACUUAAGUCUUGCGUCUAUUACUCCCACUACACUGGCAAAAAAAACAGAAACCAAAACUUAAGAAAACUUA